AUGCGGUGUAGAAACAUGUUCUUCUCAUUUAAGGCAUCUCUUUGUGGCUGCGGGGCUGCCACCGGUCUGACUUUGACAGCCAUCGGCUGUACUCUGAACUGUAGUUGCCAAAGCUUCAAACCAGGAAAAAUAAACCACCGUCAGUGUGAGCAGUGCAGACAUGGAUGGGUGGCCCACGCUCUAAGUAAGCUAAGGAUUCCCCCCGUGUAUCCAACAAGCCAGGUGGAGAUUGUCCAGUCCAACGUGGUGUUUGAUAUUAGCAGCCUCAUGCUGUAUGGGACCCAGGCCAUCCCUGUUCGCCUGAAAAUCCUACUGGACCGGCUCUUCAGUGUGUUGAAGCAAGAUGAGGUCCUCCAGAUCCUUCAUGCCUUGGACUGGACCCUCCAGGAUUACAUCCGUGGAUACGUGCUGCAGGAUGCAUCAGGAAAGGUGUUGGACCACUGGAGCAUCAUGACCAGUGAGGAAGAGGUGGCCACCUUGCAGCAGUUCCUUCGUUUUGGAGAGACCAAGUCUAUCGUUGAGCUCAUGGCAAUUCAAGAGAAGGAAGAGCAGUCCAUCAUCAUCCCGCCCUCCACGGCGAACGUAGAUAUCAGGGCUUUCAUCGAGAGCUGCAGCCACCGGAGUGUCAGCCUCCCCCCUCCGGUAGACAAAGGAAACCCUGGCAAUAUACACCCCUUUGAGAACCUCAUAAACAACAUGACCUUCAUGCUGCCCUUCCAGUUCUUCAACCCUGUGCCUCCCUCACUGAUAGGGUCAGUGCCCGAACCAUAUGUGCUAGAGCAGGGUCAGGACCAAAGUCAGGACCCCAAACAGGAAAUCCACGGACCCUUCCCCAACAGCAGCUUCUUAACUUCCAGUUCCACCCCAUUUCAGGUUGAAAAAGAACAGUGUCUAAACUGUCCAAGUCCUGUUACUAAAAAGGAAGACAGCGCCCAUUUAAGUGACUCCAGCUCAUACAACAUCAUCACAAAGCUCGAAAGGACACAGUUGUCCCCAGAGGGCAAAGUGAAGUCCGAGAGGAACAGCCUCAGCACAAAGAAGGGCCGGGUGUUCUGUACAGCGUGUGAGAAGACCUUCUACGACAAAGGCACCCUCAAGAUCCACUACAACGCCGUCCACCUGAAGAUCAAGCAUAAGUGCACCAUCGAAGGCUGUAACAUGGUGUUCAGCUCCCUGAGGAGCCGGAACCGCCACAGCGCCAACCCCAACCCCCGGCUGCACAUGCCAAUGAACAGAAACAACAGGGACAAAGACCUGAGGAACAGCCUGAACCUGGCUGCCUCUGAGAGCUAUAAGCGCCCAGGUUUCAGGGUGACUUCUCCAGACUGUCGACCUUUCCCUGGCUACACUGGUUCAGGGGAGGAUUCCCAGAGCCAGCCAGUCUUCCCAAGCAUCGGCCAAAAUGGAGUGCUUUUUCCCAACCUGAAGACGGUCCAGCCGGUCCUUCCUUUCUACCGCAGUCCGGCCACCCCGGCUGAGCUAGCAAACACACCUGGGAUGCUGCCUUCCCUCCCUCUGCUGUCCUCUUCAAUCCCGGAACAACUGGUUUCCAACGAAAUGCCAUUCGAUGCCCUGCCCAAGAAGAAAUCGCGGAAGUCCAGUAUGCCCAUCAAAAUAGAGAAGGAGGCUGUGGAGAUAGCGGAUGAGAAGAGGCACACUCUCAGCUCAGAUGGAGACAUGGCCCUGCAGGUGGUCAGUGAAGACGAGCUGGAGGCCUGCAGCCCCCGGUCAGACAGAGCCCCACUGGGAAGCUUAGGGAAGCCUGGUCCUGAAGGAGAGAGGCCCUGCCAUCUCAAACCGGCGAUCGAGUCCAGCGGAGCCAUCCGCCAAACCCCUGAGCAGGCCACAUACAACUCGGAGAGGGAGACUGAGCAGAAGUCAGUGCUGACCGUGGUGCCACGGGACAGGGAGGAUGGUGGCCGUGAACCUCACCUCACCCCCGGGGUGGAGCCCUGUGUCCCUUUUCCUGACUACGUCAAACUGCAGCAGCGCCUGCUGGCUGGGGGCCUCCUCAGUGCUUUGUCCAGCCGGGGGAUGGCUUUUCCUUGUUUUGAAGAUUCCAAAGAGCUGGAGCACUCAGGUCAGCACACAUUCGCGAGGCCGAAGGAGGAAAAUCGCUUCCAGUGUGACAUCUGCAAGAAGACUUUUAAAAACGCUUGUGGUGUGAAGAUGCAUCACAAGAACAUGCAUGCCAAAGAAACGCACACGUGCACGAUGGAGGGCUGUAAGGCCACAUUCCCUUCCCGCAGGAGCAGAGACAGACACAGUUCAAACCUAAACCUCCACCAAAAAGUGUUGACUCAAGAAGUGUUGGAGAGCGGUGGAGACCAUUUCCAUACAGCUUACUUGUUGAAAGAUAUGGCUAAGGAGGCCUGUCAGGAUGUGGCUUUCACACAGCAAGCCUCCCCAACAUCUGUCAUCUUCAAGGGAACGAGUCGGAUGGGCAGCCUGGUUUACCCAGUAGCCCAAGUCCACAGCGCCGGCCUGGAGAGCUACACCUCCGGUCCGCCCAGCGAGGGCACCAUCCUGGAUUUGAGUACCACCUCGAGCAUGAAAUCGGAGAGUAGCAGCCAUUCCUCCUGGGACUCAGACGGGGCAAGCGAGGAAGGCACCGUGCUCAUGGAGGACAGCGAUGGCAACUGUGAAGGGGCGAGCCUGGUCCGCGGGGAAGAUGACUAUCCCAUCUGCGUCCUGAUGGAGAAGGCCGACCAGAGCCUUGCCAGCCUGCCAUCUGGGCUGCCCAUAACAUGUCACCUCUGCCAAAAGACGUACAGUAAUAAAGGGACCUUCAGGGCUCACUACAGAACUGUGCACCUCCGCCAGCUCCACAAGUGCAAAGUCCCGGGCUGCAACACUAUGUUCUCGUCUGUUCGAAGUCGAAACAGACACAGCCAGAAUCCCAACCUGCACAAAAGCCUAGCCUCCUCUCCAAGUCACCUCCAGUAA